AUGAUAGAAAUAAUUAUACUCCUCUAUUUUGCCUGUAUUGAAGCGAGUCAUUUCUAUGGUGGAACCGUGACAUGGAAACCAAUGAAUAAUACAGAUAAUGUUUCAAGCAUAGCCGUUAUGUUCACACAAUCCUAUCAAUGGAGUCGCUCUCACAGUUCGUCGACAUUCUGUAAUCAGUCGAUAAUUGUGAAUCAAUCACCUCUGUUAUGUAAUGGAUCUGGUACUCUUGUGUGUACCACAGCUGCUAGUACGUGUGGCAAUUAUGCUGCCUUAGACAUCGGUGAAUAUUGCACUGAUUUCAGCGUCGUCGCUGAUUCUAGUUCAGGACAAAUUUUUCAUGUUGAAAAUAUCACAGCUGGUGCUGAAUUUUGUGUAGCUUACACAGGUUACUCUUGGAUUGGCCUUCAAUCAUCAAAUUGUGGAUCAAGUGGGAAAAAGAAAAGGUAUUAUCGUAGUGGUGGCCCAGGAACAACUACUCGAAGAACAACAGUAUUGACAACAACCGGAGCCACUUGUUACAGCACGUCUGCUCAUUGGUCUAUUGGAACUUGUGUUAAUUUGGCAAUUAGACCAGAUGGGUUUAUAAACACCCCUCCAGUUGCAACCGUAAUUUCACCUAUCAAUGUUCCAAUAGAUACAUUGACUGCUAUAACGAUUCCAGUGAUCGAUGCUGAUGGAGACUAUACAAGUUGUCGUUGGGCUCAGAAUACAUCUGCACUUGAUGAGUGUGGUGAUGUCUGCCAGUCAGCACCAGGCGGUCUGCUUGAUGGUGAGAACUGCACGUUAACAUUUAAUAGUACUGGUACAGCAGUAGGACAAUAUUAUGCUGUGGCAUUGAUGGUUGAAGAUUUCUAUGAUCCAUCAACAUACACAGCAUUUAGUCGCGUUCCCAUUCAAUUUCUAAUUCAUAUUGUAGGCGCCGCUGUCUGCCCAUUACAGCCUCAGAUUAGCUCAAAUCUAACGGCUUGUUCAGCAGUUGAAGUUGGACAGACUUUUACGUUUACAUUGACAGUUGUUCAAGGAUGUAGUGGAACUACUUUAGUAGACUUCUUUACAAUGCCACCCGUUUAUAUGAUCAAAGGUAGUAUUGUUUCGGUUGGAAGUAAUAAAUGGACAAUCACUGAAACGUGGAUACCAACGGCAAUGCAGUUAGGAUCUCAAGUAUACUGUGCUGUUGCUACUGACAGUGCGCAAAUACAAUCAGAUCAAUAUUGUCUUACAUUUACAGUUAUUCCUGCUGGCUCCACUCUUUUAUGUCCUGGAGACGUUCCACCAACCACAACUACAACCAUGGGUUACACUUUUGAGAUACAUGAAUAUGCUGACUCCAAUUUCGGAUUCUGUCUUCCGCCAAGAUUUAAUGGAAAUCUCUGUUUUUCAGGACAAGUACCAGUACAACAAGCACCAGUACAACAAGGACCACUACUACGACAAGUGCCACUACAACAACAACUACUACAGAAACGACAACCACCACGGCAACAACAACAACAACAACUACGACGACGACGACAACAACAACUACUACAACGACAACGACAACAACAACAUCUACGACGACGACGACGACAACAACAACAACUACUACAACAACAACCACAACUACGACGACGACAACGACGACGACGACAACAACGACGACGACGACGACGACGACAACAUCAACAACUACGACAACUGCGACGACUACUACGACAACAACUUCUUUAG